UCCGAUUUCCUUGUGCAGUAGUGCUCCAACUCAAAUACACGUUCAACUAAAUUUGUUUAACAAUGCCCAGCCCUCAAGAUAAUAUUUUAAUUGUCACAGCGGGAUUUCGGGAUCUGCGACGCAUAGAGGAUCUCUAUGAGGCCAAAAACACUUGGCACUUUGGGGCGAAGGCCACGCCGCCGCUGGAAACGUUGUUCUUCAGGAAUCAGGCGCAACGUCUGUUGGUCUACAACAAACAGGAGUUUCAUCUAUUGCUGGCCUACAGCGAAUUCGCUAACCAUCCAAAUAUUCCGGUGCUAAGCAACGAUCUCUGGCUCCACUGGCUAAGUGCGAGGUUUUGCCUAGAUCUUCCCAUCACGCUGCUCAAUUCCAUAUUUUUCAACUUCUUCAUCUGCAAGGAGGGCCAGCCAAAUAUUCUCAAAAAUAUCCUCUUGGAGGUCUUUUACAACGAGCACUUGGUCAACUACAUACUGGUGGUCACCCCGGAUUGCCCAUCAGGGGAGUAUGAUGCCAUUCAGGCUUUUGGAAAGACCUAUUACCCAAAGUACUCCAAAGUCAGCGAGCAAAGGCAUCUGCCCGCUGUCAUCGUGAUCCUUCGCCUGAAUAUCAUGCCAGUUAUCAACUUUCGCAAAGCGCUACCCGAGGACAAUGACGAUAUUGUCGAGAUGAUAGAUUCCGAGGAUCCGGAACUGCGGAGAAAGCACGGUGACUUCUACAUUGCCGAGCAUCUGCUGAAUCAGGAAGGGUCUGAUGACAAGGACAAAAUUAUAAUAGCCGAGUUUGAGGAGGAGAUUGCGGAUAACGUCAAGGGUGCCGGCUUAAUGUGGCUAUCGGAUUCAAUAGAUAUCGAAAAGCUGGCCACAAACUUUCACCUGGAACGCCUGGGCAAUUUGGCGCGAUACACACCGGGUGUAAAGCACGCUCGUGUGCAUUUGGAUGUGCUCUCAGUGGAGCAAAAGUCGUACAAGGAGCUGUACACCAAGUCGCAAAUGGAUGCAAUAUGCAAAACACAAGGGAGUAAGAUAAACCAAGCUGGAGAAGAUGAAGCAAAGAAUGUUUUAUUCAGAAAGUAUAAGCAUAUCUAUGAUGAACUCCGUAAGGCUCACUACUACUUGAAAGCCCAUCAAGACAAGCUGGAGAUCGCUUUCGAUUUGCCACCUGGCGAGCAUUCGCACAGCGAAAAUCGAUUGCAGUACCUGGGAAAGGCGUCCAAUGGAUUCCUGCUCAAGAUGUUCCAGUUGCAUCCACUGGUGCGCUUUGAGUACACAUUCUACUCCUUGUCGGCCAUGUUCAGUGCCUUUCCGGAUCACGAUUACUGUGUGACCAUGGUGCCGGCCACCGUGUCUACGAGUCCUUGCCAGCGGGAACUGCUGCGGUUCUUUUUGCCUGUUUCUCAUCGUCCAAGUAGCUCCGUGUCUGAAAAUAUGUUCGUUGCCCAUCGAAGUACUUUGUUCGGGGAGCUCCGUGUGCAGCGCUUCGAGAGACAGGAGAUUGAUGAGAUCAGAACCAUGAUAAGCUCGCAGACCCGCAAAAGAGACACCUAUUUAGAUGAUGAGCCAAGUGCUGGAAAUCGACUCGACGAUUAUACACAGGAGGUUCUGGGCAUUUUCGAUGAUAUCAUUGAGGAAAUCCUCGAGAAACCUAUGACUGAUUUCACCUGCUUCACCAUUCGCUGUGGUCAAUCCAAGAAGCACACCGACUGCCCAUUGGUGGGCUUUCUGAUUCUAUGUCCCUUUUUGAUAUAUGAUGACCUAAGCAAGGUGCUUAUGAUGCCACGCGAUCAGUUCUCGCUGACGCACAAUCGUGGAGAGAUUGUGAUGUUUAGGCUACACCCCUUCUUCCAGAUGUGGUGCAAUCCCAUCCUUCGCACGGUGGCCUUGUACGAUAACUACCGUGAACUAUAUUACAUACACUACUACAAUGGAAUCUCGCUGCCCAACGAUCUGAUGUACAACAUGAUGCCAGUGGAACCGCGCCGCAUGAAGAAGAACCUCUUCAAUUACAAGUGCUUCUCGCCCCAGCGACGGGUAUCAAAGGCUUCCCGCGUUUCCAAUAUGGAUAUUUGCAGAAGUAGACUGCGUCUCUUUUGCCACAACCUGCAGCCCACCAUGCACAUGGGUGUAAAGAAUUCCCUGGUCAUCGUGGGCUUGUCGCACACUUGCCUCGCCUUUUUGCGGACCAUCAUCUUCGCCUGGAAUUCUCAAGAUAUGGUUAAUUACAAAAAGUACAACUGCCUGCCCAUGGUGGACGUCACAGUGGUGGUGGGUCACGGAGUUCUGGAAUCGGCAUACGAUUGUGAAUUUUCCUGCAGCUACUGCGCGAAUGGUAGAAACUGCUAUGUGGACACCGGAAACGUAAACCCCUUUGUUAGGGAUGUAAUGCAGCGAAUGGAUGUGAGGCAUUGGGUGCGAUUUGUUCCUGGAACUCUUAAAAGUAUAAAUAGACAGGCAAGGUUGCUGGAGCUAACGGACGGCUGCAGUCUGUACUACGAGAAGCUUGUCCUGUUUGCUGCCACAAGGUUCGGCUUUCAGGACAAGGAAUUCAAGGGGUUUCCAAUGCCCAUAAACUAUAUAGUCAACAACCAUCGCCUGGACAGGAUUAUUUUCUAUCACAAGGUGCGGGACAUGAUCGAGUCAAUGGAACACUACAACAUUAUAGUCUAUGGCUAUCAUUUGGCCCUCUACGAGUGCCUUCACUUUUUGGUCACACAUGGCUGCACUGCCCAGAACAUCACAUAUGUGCAGCCCCACGUGCCGAGGGUUAUGGAGGAGCUGGGCAAUCCUGAAGUGGACUCUCGCCUGGAUCCGAUCAUCCUGGAAAUGGUAGCCGAUCUGGGUAUCACGAUUCACUUGUCCACCAACUACAGCCAAUUUAUUCUGAGCCAAGACAAUAUGUACAUCGAGCAAGUGGAGUUUGCGGUGCAUCCAAGUAGGAAAAAGAUCAUAUUGGAUUGCGAUCUCUUCAUCAACUACAAUUGCAAUUCCUUAAGUACGGCGUUGGAAACUGUUCUUUCUGAAGCAGGAAUUGAGAUGCGUGACCGGAAGAUUGUGGUUAACGCACGUUAUGCCACCAAUGAUCGCAACAUAUUUGCCGGAGGUAGGUAUAUCGUCAUGUUGCCCCAGCCCAACUUCCAGUACUCCUUUACCAGUCCGCAAGAAAUGGCCGAAAAGAUUGCUUACGAAUUGAAUAUGAUUAAGAUUGUGAUGCAGUCGCGGUACUCGAGGCCAUUUAUGUUCACGGGCAUUCUGCCAAUGGGCUAUCAGAUCACCAAGUUCACUCAACCAAAGUCCCUGCUUAUAGGUCAACUUCCCAUCGAUUUUUCGGAUAGCAUGACUACCUACGAGAAUGGAGAUUUCUGCCGCAUACGACUCAACAGAAAAUUGAUUGUCAUCGAGAUUGUCUGCGUCACCAAAAAGCCGAAACGACUUUACUUCAUGGAGUACUUUUGCGGCAAGCACGCUAUGCUGCUCAAUGAUUUGCGUGGUCGUUUUCAGUCCGGCUGGAUAAGCAACUUCUUGGACUUCUUUCAACAACCGUGGACAGAGCUCCUGAUGCACGAUAGAUUCGAGGAUCUGCAGCUGAAGAACCGCCGACUCCUGCUGGCCAUGCUGCUGAUGAACAACAAGGAUGCUAAUAACGCCAGGAGCAGUUUGGAAACCACCCAGCGGCAGAGGCUGGAGGAAAAUGUAAUCGAUUUUGUACGAACGUAUCGCAAGGAUUUCACCCAUGAGUUUGCUUUGCCAGAGGACUGGGGUGUUUUCAAUCUAUGA